AAACUUGGUUUGUUCUUUUGGAAUGAAGUGUGAGAAUAGUGGAGUUGAAAUUGUUCCUUGUAUGGAAUAUAUUCCACCUGAACGAGCUUCUCCUAGUCCAACCUUUGAACCUAAGAAACUUUAUCCUCUCUUUGUGGACCAUGACUGGGACCUGAGAGAAAGAUUGUUUGAAGUUUUCAAAGAGCCAUUGUUUCAAUUUCGCUAUGGGAUAACUAUGGAAGAAGAACGUAAUUUGUUGAGGAGACGUUGGUCUCGAUUGAAUGAGUUGGGAUUGUUGAAAGGAACUCUUACUUCUGGACAACCCAAGGAUAGAGCCCGAUUUGACGCCUUUUUUGAAUGUGUAGAAAUGUAUGACCAUUCGUUGAGUGUUGCAAUGACUGUGCACUAUGGCCUAUUUGGCUCUACCAUUGCUUUUUUAGGAACAGACGAGCAAAAGCAGAAAUGGCUUCCAAAGGUAGAAGAUUGUUCUAUGCACGGCUGUUUUGCGUUGACAGAGUUGGGUCAUGGUUCCAACGUAAGAGGUAUUGAGACUCAAGCAACUUAUGACAAGUCCACACAAGAGUUUAUCAUUCAUACUCCUUGUGAAACUGCACAAAAGUAUUGGAUAGGAGGAGCUUCAACCAAUGCUCGUUGGGCAACAGUGUUUGCGCAACUAUCCUUGAAUGGAACUUACUAUGGCAUUCAUCCAUUUGUAGUUCGAAUUCGUGAAGAUGAUGGAAGAAUAGUAAAUGGAGUCACUUUAGCUGACUGUGGUCAUAAGAUGGGUUUAAAUGGAGUGGACAAUGGACGUAUAUGGUUUGACCAGGUUCGCAUACCUCGAGAACAUAUGUUGGCGAGAUUCAAUCAAGUCUCUUCCAAUGGCAGUUAUUCUUCAGUAUAUAAGACUGCAGACGAAAGGUUUGCUGCACAGUUGGGUGCCUUGACUGGAGGUCGUGUUAGUAUUUCUCGUUCGGCUAUGAAUCAGUCGAUGGUUGGUUUGACUAUUGCUAUAAGAUAUGGCCUUUCUCGAAGAGCUUUUGGUCCAACAGAGGGAGUGGAAAUACCGAUCAUGAACUAUCAAAGUCAUCAGAUAAGGCUAAUGCCACCCUUGGCUGCUACCUGUAUUAUGACUCUAUGUGCCAAUCAUUUAAAAUCGCGUUAUCGUAAUCGGGCAAACGAAAAUCUAAAGGAAUUGCAUAUUUGGAGUUCAGGUUUUAAGUCUUUGAUGACGUGGCAAAUGAGAGAUACUUUACAAGAAUGUAGAGAAGCUUGUGGAGGUCAAGGAUAUAAAAGUGAAAAUCGAAUUGGUGUUUUGAAGAGUUCCUUUGAUGUCUUAUUAACUUAUGAAGGCGAUAAUUUGGUAUUAUUGCAACAAGUUAGCCGAAGUGUAUUGAAUGAUUUUCUUAAACAGAUGAAAGCUGGAAAAUUUGUUGGACCGUUAUCGUAUAUGAAUGAUCAAAGUUUCUUAACUGGACGGCUUCCAGAAGACAUUCGUUCCAUUACAUUUUCUCGACUCAUUUUGCAGCGACUGGAAUCUAAGCUUGUUGCUAGUUUGGCCAAGGAAGUAGCGAAACGUAGCAAACAAGGCAAGUCUUCCUUCGAAGUUUGGAAUGAAUGUUUAGACUUGGCCGCGGAAGUUGGUAGAGCACAUACCGAAUUGCUGAUUGCAGAACUUUCUGAAAAGUUGAUUGAGCAAGCGAGUCAAACCGACCUCUCUACAAGAAAUAUUUUGAAACAAUGUCAGACUCUAUUUCUUCUACACCUGAUUGAUAAGCAAUCUUGUUUCUUACGCUACAACUGUUUAUCUCCAGAAGAUGCUCAGAGACUACAUCGAGUUGUCGUUGAACUUUGUAUGCAACUUCGAGAACAAGCGUUGCCUUUAGUGGACUCUUUUGGAAUACCACCUCAUUUGUUAGCUCCCAUUGCAUUCGAUUGGAUAGAGCAUAACAGUCGCAGUAAACUAUGAUAUGUGUUUAAAGAGAAGGAUUCUGUGAAUAUGACUAUCUCUUUUGACUGUUAAGAUGUGCUUUGAAUCCGUUUUGCCUCGCAUAAUAAAACAAGAAUCUCAUUGAGCUCUUUCCAAUCUCCCUUUUCAAUGUUGAUUAGAUGAUUGGCUUUUUUGUGUGAAACCUCAGAAAUGGAUAUGGACUUUCGAAAAACUUUAAAGCAUUCAUUGAAUCAUUUUGUGUUUAUUUCUAGUCACAGCAUAUGGAAAUCGACAAAUGAGUGUGUAUUCAAAGACAAAUAUGCCUUACGGUAAAUAGAAUAUUGAUUAGAAUAUAGAACUUGUUCAUCUA